UCUCGAGGCGCCGACAGAUUUUCAGAUUGACUGCAUAUGAGCACGAGCCGACCCCCACCCGGAGUCCAGACCUGUUAACGGGAUAUUAAUGUGGAAGAGAGGGGGAAAAAGGCGUUUUUUUGGCGUAAAAACAGGAGAUAACACGAAGAUAGCGGGGAGGAUUCGGGCGACCAAAGGUGGACGCUGAAAUACGGAAAAACAAACAAACUUGUGCAUCAAUGAAGCAGUAGAAACUAAAAGGGCAUAUUUGUGCUGCAAGAGCCCCAUCUGCCAUUCUUCAACUUCGUGAGAAAUGAAUCUUUCCAUGGCAAUGCAGAUGUCACUUACACUCAGUUAAAUGUUAAUACCGCUCGAGCCUAUAUUGCUUGGCUGGCCAAAGAGGAAAAAGAAAAAAGUGGCUUUGGCAGGAACUGGAGGAGAGGCUGGUCACCGAACUUAUCAAAGAUGUCUCUCUGGAUGAUGCUGCCUGUUAGCCUCCCAGUGCUGACCAUCACUGGGAUCUGGGUGGUGUAUGCAAUGGCCCUGUACAACCAGCAUGUCUGCCCUGUGAAUAACUGGUUAUACAACCAGUCAUGUGAAGAGGAACUAUAUUUGCAGAGUGGACCAACUUUGUGCUGCACUCUGGACAAUGUACCUCUCAUCAGUAAAUGUGGAACUUUCCCUCCUGAAAGCUGCUUUUUCAGUCUCAUUUGCAGCACGGGCUCAUUCAUGGUUAUGGUGAUUGUGCUGCUCCGCUAUGCCCACGUUAUUGAGAAGCACCAAAACUGUGUUCUCAACACCGCGAGUCUCUCCACGGGCUGGAUCUGUGCUGCUGGGCUUGUCAUGGUCGGAAACUUUCAGGUGGAUAAUGCCAAAGUUCUCCACUAUGUUGGAGCAGGCAUUGCUUUCCCCACCGGUAUGCUGUUUGUUUGCCUGCAGUCGGCGUUGACAUACCGUUUGGCAAGACUCGGGGAGAGUACAAACGUGGCCCACCUACGACUAACCAUGACCCUAAUGGCUUUUGUAGCCCUGGUGCUCAGUGCCAUAUUUUUUGUUCAGAAGAGCUUUGUUCUCCAGCACGCCUCAGCCAAUCUUUGAAUGGGGUUCUGCAUCAUCGUCAUGCUGUUCUAUGGGACAUUUGCCUUUGAGUUUGCCAACGUGUCAGGAGACACUAUGGUGGUGCUGGCUGGAGGAGGAGCCCGGUUUCCUGCUGGGACGGAUCACAAAGUGGAAGCACUUGGCGGAGCCAUUCCUCACUCACCUGAAAGCAUGUCCAUAUUGUAG